AUGGUGGUGAUAAUAAUGUUGGCAUUAGUUUUGUUACCUUACACAGCUAGCAAAUGUCCUGUUGAUAAACGUGCAACUCGGGUGCUUCUUCCAAUUCUUCACAAAUAUUACCAUUCUGGAGAAUUUAACAUUGCCAGCAUAACUUCUCAGAGCAACGUGCUUUCACGUGCAUUAUCGUAUGAGAAAAUACCAUCUCCGGAGUACUUUGAUGAUAUUCCGGUGUUGACUCAGCAUUACCAGCAUAUCCUGGCACUGGUAUUUGCUGUGAAAAAAAUCAAUGAAGACCCACAUAUUUUGCCAAACAUCACUCUGGGCUUCCAGAUCUAUAACAGCCAUUUCAGUGCAAGCUGGACUUAUCUUGCCUCAAUGGAACUGCUCUCCACCCAGAAGAGGUUCAUUCCAAACUACAAGUGUGACAGGAGAAACAAUGCAGUUGCCGUCAUUGGGGGACCUAACUCAAAUGUCUGCCUCCAUAUGGCCACCAUCCUUGGUUUCUACAAGAUUCCACAGGUUACAUAUGGAUCUGCUCCAGUACUGCAUUACAGAAGCCAAGCUGGCUUUGUGCAACAGAUGUUCCCAAGAGGCACUCAUCAAUAUAAUGGGAUCCUGCACUUACUUCUGCAUUUCAGAUGGACAUGGAUUGGGGUGCUUUACCUUGAUGAUGACAACGGGGAAAGGUUUGUGCAGAAUGUCCUUCCCUUUUUCUCUGAGAAGGGCAUUUGUUUUGACUUCAUACAAAGGCUCCCCAAACAAGGAUUUACGGGGGAAAUGCAGAAACUUAUAGAAGAAGGACUUGCAACUUACAAGACCAUUAUGAGAAACAGUUCCAAUGUUUUGCUCAUACAUGGAGAAAUUCAGACAAUGCCAAUUUUGAGAUUCAUGAUAGCAAGUUCAGUAUAUUUGGAUAUAUCUUCAAAGCCAGGUGAUAAAGUCUGGAUGAUGAUGGCUCAAAUGGAUUUCACUUCCUUUGCUUUCCAGGGCAGCUGGAGCAUAGACUUCCUUCUUGGUGCGAUGUCCUUGGCAGUCCAGUCAAAGAAAGUGUUGGGAUUUCGAGAGUUCCUUCAGACCAGAAAUCCUAUCUCAGAUAAAGAAGACGGUUUUAUCCAGAGCUUCUGGGAAAGUGUGUUUGAAUGUUUUUUCUCAAGCCUCGCUUCAGAAAACACGUCUGAGAAAAUCUGCACUGGGUUUGAAAAACUGGAGUCUCUUCCUGGUUCUCUUUUUGAAGUGAAGAUGUCUGCUCAUAGCUAUAGCAUGUACAAUGCCGUCUAUGCUAUAGCACAUGCUCUGCACCACAUACAUUUCUUGAAAUUCAAGGAAAAAAUAAUGGUAAAGGGGCAGAGAAAGAAACUUCUCAAUCAAUACUCUUGGCAGCUUCAUCACAUUCUACGAAAAGUAUCAUUCAACAACAGUGCUGGAGAGAAAAUUUCCUUUGAUCAAAGUGGAGAAAGAAAAGCUGGAUUUGAUAUUAUCAACUGGAUAACAUUCCCAAAUCAGUCUUUCUUGAAAGCAAAAGUUGGAAAGAUUGACCCAUAUGCUUCUUCAAAGAACAUGGUUGACUGUGUUCGUUGUCCAGAAGGACAAUUUCCAAAUGAUGCUAAAGAUGGAUGUCUUCUGAAAAAUAUCACUUAUCUGUCUUAUAGAGAACCUUUAGGAUUUGGUUUGACUAUUCUUGCCCUCUCACUUUUUUUAAUUACUGUAUUGAUGCUGUUGAUAUUUAUUAGACAUCAGGGUACUCCCAUUGUCAAAGCCAAUAACAGGAAUCUCACUUAUGCUCUCCUUAUUUCUCUUCUGCUCUCAUUCCUUUGUGCUUUACUAUUCAUUGGCCAGCCCAGAAAGUUGACCUGUCUUUUUCGACAAAGUGCCUUUGGUAUCAUCUUUACAUUUGCUGUAUCUUGUGUCUUGGCCAAAACCAUCAUUGUGGUUCUAGCUUUUAAGGCCACAAAGCCUGAUUCCCAAAUGAGGAAGUAUAUGAGAAAGCCACUGGCUACUUCUAUUGUUUUUUUAUGCUCCUUUGUCCAAAUUGUUAUUUGUACCAUAUGGUUGAUAAUUACUCCCCCAUUCCCUGAUUUUGAUAUGCAUUCUUUAGCCGAAGAAAUUCUACUGGAAUGUAAUGAAGGCUCAAUAGUCAUGUUUUACUGUGUCCUCAGCUUUAUGGGUUUCUUGGCACUUCUGAGCUUCACUGUGGCUUUCUUUGCCAGAAAUUUGCCAGAUACAUUUAAUGAAGCCAAGUUUAUCACCUUCAGUAUGCUGAUGUUUUGCUCUGUUUGGCUAACUUUUGUUCCUGCAUACUUGAGUGCAAAGGGAAAAUACAUACUGGCUGUGGAAAUCUUCUCCAUUUUGGUGUCCAGUGCUGCAUUACUAAUUUGUAUGUUUCUUCCCAAAAGCUAUAUUAUAUUGGUAAAACCAGAACUGAAUAAUAGAGAUCAGCUGAUAAGAAUAAAGAACUAA